AUGAGCUUCAACAGAAACCCCGUCCUAAUCGACGGCGCCGCCACAGGUCUAGGGAAUACACCUCCUCUCGCCGGCCUGCGAGUUCUCGAAUUUGCAGGGUUGGCUCCAGGUCCGUACGCAGGAAUGUUAUGCGCAGACUACGGCGCCCAGGUGCUUCGCAUCGAUCGCGCACAUCCCCAAGCACAUUCAGACGAGGCAACCUCUCAUCCUCCUCCCACACCCGAUCAACUCACCCGACACAAGUCGUCUAUUGCCGUGAAUACCAAAACGCCGCAAGGCAUUGCUCUGAUUAAAGAUUUGGUCAAACAUGUAGAUGUUCUCAUUGAUCCGUUUCGGCCGGGGGUAUUGGAGAAGAUGGGUCUGGAUCCGACAUCUGUGCUGCUGCGAAUUAAUUCUAAACUCAUCGUUGCGCGGAUGACGGGAUUUCGACGAGAUGGUAAAUAUAAAGAUAUGGCUGGUCAUGAUAUCAAUUACAUUGCAGUGUCGGGUGUCCUCUCCAUGCUCGGACCGGCGGGACAGAAACCUUUCCCGCCAACGAAUUUACUGGGAGAUUUUGCUGGAGGGGGCGCAGUGUGUUUUAUGGGGAUCCUGUUGGCUUUGUUGGGGAAAGAGAGGACGGGACAGGGUCAAGUGGUGGAGGCGAAUAUGGUGGAUGGGUCCGCGCAUUUGGCAUCCAUGCCGAGGUUUGGACUCAAGACUCCCAUGUGGAAUGCGCCGAGGGGAACGAACACGCUUGAUGGCGGUGCACCAUACUAUAGCACAUACGAGACCAAGGAUGGGAAAUAUGUGGCCGUGGGGGCUUUAGAGCCGCAAUUCUAUGCUGAGUUGCUGAAGGGGUUGCAGGUGGACGCGAGCAAGUAUAGCUGGGUAAAGAAUCGGCUCGACAAGCAGACAUGGAAUGAUCAGAAGCAUGCAUUUGAGAAACUGUUCAAACAAAAGACGCGAGCCGAGUGGGAGGCUAUCUUCGACGGCACGGAUGCAUGCGUUACGCCUGUCAAGACGCAGCAGGAACUCGAAGCGGAGGGAUUUGACCAGAGGCCGAUUGUUACACUCCAGUCGUCGCCAGGUCUUGCCAUCCAUGAGGCCGAUUCCGAUGACAGAGAUCCUGCGACCGGACAAGGCAUUGGUGUCGAGGAUGGAGGCUGGGCAAGUGCGGGACUUUAUCCUGGUGAAGGCGGGGAAGAUCUGCUCGGAAAGUGGGUGGGCUGGAGUCGGAACCGAGACUACGAUGUCGUGAACGGCGGGCUAGAGCUCAGGCCGGGUUUGAGAUCGAGACUAUGAGGCAUCAAAGACUGUGGCUGCUCGCUGUGUGAUUCUCGAUACCAUCAGUCGUCAGCGUAUCGCAUGCGAACUGAUGGGACGCCGUUGUUCUCCAUGGCAAACAUGAUGACCACCUAACCUCUAGAUGUCAUGCCCACAUUCGCCGGUCGAGACUCGAAUGGCACUCUCGCUUAGGUACCCUUGCUCUUGAAAACCCGAUCCGAAAUUGAUCAGUGAGACAAGGACUACAUCAUCUGGGCAUACUUGCUUCCACGGCUUAUUCCCUCAUAUACAUCUGACUGAAUUAAGGCGUCCGCCCUGUGUGUGCAUGUAGCUUGGCGGCGGCGGCUAUGAGUGCCUACCUGAGGUAGUUUGGCAAUAAUGGCGCACACUCAUGGUCCAUGGAGUCGUGGUCCUCCAGCACUACUAGUUCUAGUUAGCGGCUCUACAAUAUCGCAAGGUAAACUUUAC